CGCAUUGGAUGUCCUAAGUAAUCAUCCUUCAUCGAACACGAAACCAUCCUGGUUAAAAUCCGAAAUAUCCUUUGUUCUUAUCCGCCGCCGAAAGUCGAAAAGAAAACAUGCGAACUUCAAUCCUCUCGAGCCCAGCAACGCGCGCCCUUUGCGCCGCCUGUCGCAACGAAGCUCACCACGCCGUCGCCGCGAACCAAGCCAGCAGCAGGAGGACAAGAGCAGCCGCCACCUUCUCUACAACAGCAUGCGCCAGUAAAAGCUAUGAUAGCAGGACGCCAUUAGUUCCCGAGCAAUCAAGGCCACGAGUGCCGACGAAAAGCCGAGAGACACAAAAACAACGCCUCUUCUCCCGCUCUUGCGCAUACUCUACCUCAUCCGACAACAACGCCUCCCCAAACCCUCAACAAAAAUCUCUUCACGGGCCUUCUUCCGAUAAACCGAUCCCCCGCUACUACGCCCUCUUCCCCACCACCCUCCCCCUCGGCCCACCCCCCUCAGGGCCCUUCGCCAUCGACCUCCGCGCCCUGCGCCGCGAAUUUCUUCGCCUCCAAGCCGCCUCCCACCCCGACUUCCACCACUCAGCCAACCAAUUUGACAGCAACGGCAACGGCGGCAACAGCGACGAGUCCCUGCUGCAGCGGCGAAAAGCAGAAGCAACCUCCUCUCUCAUCAAUUCCGCCUACAAGACCCUUUCUUCUCCCCUCCUCCGCGCCCAAUACCUGUUAAAAGAACUCUACGACAUCGACCUAGCGGGCGACGAAUCGACGGACUACCAAAAUGGGUCUGAUCCAACUUUGUUGAUGACGGUGUUGGAAGCGAGGGAGCUGAUUGAUGAUGCGAAGACGGAAGAAGAUUUGGUACCCGUAAGGGAGGAGAAUGAAGCCAGGAUACGGGAGAGUGAGGAAGCACUGAAAGAGGCGUUUGCUAGGGAAGAUGUGGAGGCGGCGACGAGGGAGUGUGUUAAGUUGAGGUAUUGGAUGGGGAUUAGGGAGGGGUGUGAUGAGUGGGAGGAGGGGAAGGGUUUUGUUAUGCAUCAUUAGGGGGUGGGUGACGGAAGAGGGUUAUAUAGGGGUUGGUUCGGAACAGGGAGAGGAGAAGAGGGUGAGGGGGGAAAGGGCUGGAUGGGGUGUUUUUGGUUAGAUGAGCAGCCUGGAAGGAUUCAGGUGGUUCAUUACGGGUGUCAAUGGACAAACUCCGACCUGAAGCGUUGUGUCCGGUUCAAGGCUUCGUUGGGUUUUCUUGGCUUGGAGAUGGUCCAGCAUGCAUUCUCAGGCCGGAGGGUCGGUUGAAAAUCACCCAUCGGGCGCCCUGGCAUACAUGAUCAUUGU